AUGUCUCUAGGAAAUAAUACUAGUCCUCCGCCAGAAGAUGGCCCCGGCCUCGUCCCCCCCACGAACGGCUCCGGCGCUGAAGGCCUCGAGCCCAGUCCUAUUCAACCCGAGCCUGAAAUGCCUACCGAAGUGCAAGAUGUAUUAGCUUCAGAUAUCGGCGUUUCUACCAUGCUGAAUAGGCUCAAACAAAGUAUCACAGCAGCCAAGGAAUUUGCCACGUUCCUAAAGAAGCGAUCGGACCUCGAAGACCAGCACGCAAAAGGCAUGAAGAAGUUGUGCAGAUCAACACAAGAAAGCAUUCGUCACCAUGAACACAGGCAAGGGACGUUUGCGCAGUCAUAUGAAGAUAUGCUCAUGAUACACGACCGAAUGGCCGAAAAUGGUAUACAAUUUGCGCUGUCCCUGCACCAGAUGCACGAAGACCUACUUGAGGUGGCCGCGGUAGCUGAGAAGCAUCGUAAGGGGUGGAAGCAGAAUGGCCUAGCGGCGGAACAGCGUCUGACUGACGUGGAGAAUGCGAUGCGCAAGUCUAAGACAAAGUACGAUUCGCUGGCCGAGGAGUACGACCGGGUGAGAACUGGCGAAGCGAGACAAGGUCCUAGAGUCUUUGGCAUCAAAGGCCCCAAGUCAGCAGCGCAACACGAGGAAGAUUUGUUGCGCAAGGUGCAAGCAGCCGAUACAGAUUAUAUGGGAAAGGUUCAGGCAUAUCAGUCAGAGAAGGCAGCUGUAGAAUCUACCACACGACCGGAAGCAGUCAAAGCGCUGCAGGAUCUCAUCAGAGAAUGCGACUCUGGUACUACCUUACAGAUGCAGAAGUUUGCUUCAUUCAACGAAAAACUGCUGUUGAGUAACGGUCUAGUGAUAAGCCCCCUCAAAAGUGUCGCUCAGCCGGGUCAGCACUCCCGCAGCCUGAAGGAAGUAGUUCAAGCCAUCGACAACAAGAAGGACCUUCAAAAUUAUAUAAUUAGCUUCCACGGCAAGGUUCCGGCCAGAUCAUCAGAAGCAAAAUAUGAAAGGAACCCGGUGCUUAAUCCUCAACAGAAUACGUCGACGAGCCAGAUGACGCAGUUCCCACAACAAAGACCCCCAUCACAAACACAGCGACAAGAGUCUCCUUUACAGACGCAGAUGCAACCGCCAGGAUCAAUGGGCUCCCGAACUGGAGGUUAUGAUUCAAUAUCGUCUCCAUCGGGGUUUCAAGGGCCGGCUCGAGGUUUUACCCCUCCCGGAAUGGCGCCAGGAUCGCGACCGUCGUCGGGGCCUGGGCACGAGAGAAGCUUUAGCCACGGUGCAAUGCUAAACCAGACCGGUGCGCCGCCGCCCCAGCAAUACAACACACGGAAUUCAAUACAAGCUCCCCCAACCCAGCCACGAUUCAACGGAGCACCGCAACUUGGAGCCCUACCUUUCCAGAGCAACCCGGUGAGAGAACAGAGCCCUCAAGGCUUCCAACCCCCGGCGCUUAACGAACAAUCCCCCGCGCGUUCGACAUCACCUCCUGGUGGUCUCGCACAAAAGACGGAUGGGUCAAUCCCAAGGGGACCGGUCUUUGGAAUAUCUCUUGAACGAUUAUAUGAGAAUAGCAAGGGACCCGUUCCAAUGGUUGUGUAUCAGUGCAUCCAGGCUGUCGACUUGUAUGGUCUUGCCGUUGAGGGUAUUUACAGAUUGUCCGGAUCGACGGCUCACGUGAACAAGUUAAAGCACUUGUUUGAUACCAACGAGGACGCACCAAUCCUUGACUUCCGCAACCCAGAGAACUUCUUCCACGACGUGAACAGCGUGGCGGGGCUACUGAAGCAGUUCCUCCGGGACCUGCCGGAUCCGCUGCUGACGUCCGAGCACUAUGGCGGGUUCAUCGAGGCGGCGAAGAGCGACGACGACGUCGUGCGCAGGGACAGCCUGCACGCUAUCAUCAACGCCUUGCCGGAUCCGAACUACGCGACCCUACGCGCGCUGACGCUACAUCUUCAUAGGGUGAUCGAGCACAGCACCGUCAAUCGGAUGAACUCCCAGAACCUCGCUAUCGUAUUCGGUCCUACGCUCAUGGGCACUGCGCCUGGGAGUAAUAUCCAGGAUGCAGGCUGGCAGGUUAGGGUUGUUGAUACGAUUUUGCAGAAUACUUAUCAGAUCUUUGAUGAGGAUUAA